AUGGUUGAAGACCAAGGAUUCCAAAGCAUGGUCAGUGUACUAAACCCCGGAUAUACUCUUCCCUCAAGAACUCAUUUCACCAAACUAGUGGAGAGGAAGUACCAAGAGGCAUUUCAGAAUGUGAAGGAUGCCAUCAGCGCUAAUGACUGCAGAAUUGCUUUUACAGCAGAUAUUUGGACAAGUGUAGCUACUGAGGCUUACCUUGGCAUUACAUGCCACUAUAUAGGGGAUGACUGGAAGCUGUCUUCUCUCUGUCUCACUACAAUGCCUGUUGAAGACAGACAUACAGCUGCAAACAUCGCAGAAUGGAUAGAGGAGGUCGCCGCAAAGUUUGAGAUUCCAGAUAAAAAAAUAAUUGCCAUUGUACAUGACAGUGGUGCAAAUAUUGUGGCUGCUGUAAAAAUCCUAGAGGACAAGCAUGGGUGGGCCAGUAUUCGCUGCACUGGCCACACAUUACAGCUGGUGAUCAAUGCUUCGUUAAAGCACUCUGGAAUUCAAAGAGCUGUUGGUGCUGCAAGAGGACUUGUUGAGUAUUUUAAAAAAAGUGAGCUAGCCAGCACUAAGUUAAAGGAAAAACAGAAGCAGAUGGGUACGCCAGAGCACAAACUUCUUCAGGAUGUAAGUACUAGAUGGAAUAGCACUUACUAUAUGGUCGACAGACUUAUUGAACAAAGGUGGCCCGUAACUGCCACUCUGUCUGACCCAUCUGUUACUCAAAGGGGCAAACAUUAUUUGGAGUUAAAGCCAGAACAGUGGAAUCUUCUUGAAGAACUUUCAACCGCACUUAAGCCUUUUGAAUGCGCCACUGUAUUCAUGAGUGGCCAAGAAUAUGUAACUCUAUCUUCCAUGGCUGCACUUGUGAAGGGGCUGUUAAGGUCCAAUGAGGUUGCCUGUUUUGAAUCAUCUCCCCUGAAGAGCUUCCAAGCCACAGUAAAAGACCAGCUUCAAAGCAGAUGGAAGGGGAUCCUUUUUGAAAACAUCCCAAACAUUGUUGUUGUUUCCUCUGCCCUGGAUCCACGAUUUAGGAGACUGAAGUUUUUAACACCAGAGCAAAUUAUAAGUGUACAGGCAAAAGUGCAGACAGAGGCGCUGACUGUAAAAAGGGUGAUGUUGCAGCAGGAAACAACCUCUUCGCCUGUAGCGACAGUUGACGUGCCCUCAACAUCUGCUGCUUCUCUACUUGACUCACUCCUUGAGUCUGGGGGCAGCAGUGAAGAGGAGACUAGAGAGGGGAAACUUGAGGAGGAGGAUAUUCAUACUCAAGUACAAAAUGAGGUCCAGGCUUAUUUUGCAGAGAGGCCCCUUGCCAAGGAGAGAAACCCUUUGAAUUGGUGGAACACCAACCAACAUAAAUAUCCUACCUUGGCAAAACUGGCAAAAUCCUACUUGUGCAUCCCAGGCACCUCCACUCCAUCAGAGCGCCUCUUCUCUGCUGCAGGCAACAUUGCUUGCAAAAAGAGAGCCUGCCUCAGCCCUGAGCAUGUGGACAUGUUGACAUUUUUGCAUUCUAAUGCAAAGUUUCUUGAACAGUAA